UAGCAUGACGUUGUUUUAAAGGAUUUCUUCACAGCAGAUACGAAAGGUGUCACACAAUUAGACUGUUGUGAUUUCAUUUCUUGAAAUGUGGAAUAAUACAUUGUUUACCAUGGUCGUCUGCUCUUAACUAGUGAUUGUUUGAUGUAUCCUAAACUAAGAAAUCACGUAGAUCACAGACGAUAACCAUAUAGGGAAAAUAAUGACGCUUCCAACGUUUGACUCGGAGCUGUUGAACAGAAAGAGGCAUAUACACGGAAGCACAGAUGAUGACGUAUUUGGUCAAGCUGUCUACAGACGCUUCAAUUCUUCGAACGCAAGAACGUUCAGCUCACCCGAUUCUCCAAAGCGUCAACGCUUCAGUGAGGACGCUGACGUAAUGACUUCCGGUCUAUCCGAUGACUUCAUUUCCGCAUUUUCCUUUGAUUUCCUAUGGCAUAUAGGUGAACUAAAAGACGCAGAUAAGCGAGAAACUAGCACAAGCGUUUCCCUGUCGAGCGCGGACUCCGACAUCGUUGUUCAGUCGACCGACUCGAGCUCUGAAUACUCUUGCACGAGUUUUCACGAAGACCUGCUCGGCGGGACGGAGAGCUCGACCAUCGAAUCAAACUGCUCGCCUGUCGCCUCGGUUAAGUCCGGAACUAAGAGCGUCUGUACCGCCACCGGAAAGUCUCUGUACACGGCAGAACUUGAGGUGCUGUGCAGAAUAUGCGGGGAUCGUGCUUCCGGUUUCCACUAUGGGGUCCACUCGUGCGAAGGGUGCAAGGGCUUCUUCCGGCGGACGUUGAAGAAGGGUCUCGUGUACAAACCCUGUAGGGAGAACACGCGCUGCCGGAUCGACGCCGGCUCCCGGAACAAGUGCCAGUACUGCCGUUACCAGAAAUGUCUCAUGGCCGGGAUGUCUCACAAUGCCGUGAGGUUUGGACGGAUGCCGAAAGUCGAGCGCGAGAAACUCGUGGCGGAUAAGGAGGAACUGUCCGCUUCCUGUCAGUCACGAUUCAUGGACUUGCGGUCGCUGGCGGAUACCAUAAAGGGGGCUUUUGUCGAUUGUUUCAAAAACUGUGGACCCAUGUCGAGUUUCCUUAACUGCAAAGAGACGUUGAAGAUUGAAACUGACCAGCGUUUUGUCGCGGGCGAUUUAAGCAGCGCAGAAUUCAAUAGCAACCAUAUUUAUGAAAGCUAUCAGAGAACCGUAGUUCAACUUUUGCAAAGCGUCGUGAGAUUCACAAAGAGGCUUCCCAACUUUUCUGACCUCGAUAUUAACGACAGAAUUUUCCUGUUGAAACAAAACGGGUUCGGCGUCACGGUAAUUUUAAUGUACAUACUGUGCGAAGAACUGACGUUAUAUCUAGAUUCCGGCAAAGGUCACGUGGCCAUACAGUCGCUCGGCAGACGAUACAUUUGCUGGGAGGCGCAGAUUCUCUUUGAUGGUGUCUUUCAAAUUGCCAAAAGAUUACAGAAAAUGAAGCUAAAGAUCGGCGAGAUCGCUCUGUUCGCCUCCAUCGUCAGUCUUUUAGAAUGCCCCGGUCUCAAAUCGGCGUCCACCGUCGAAAAACAACAGGGCGAUUUUCUGGACUCCCUGCGCCUCGAGUUGAAGCACAAUCACCCCAAGGAACCGCUACUGUUACCACGGCUACUGCUACUCAUACCGCAAAUUGUUCAGAUCUCAGAGGAGUUCAGGGUUCAACUUAAAGGCCAUCUUUACGACGAGACCGAGAAAUUCUCGGAAACGCACGAACUUCUCGUCGAGGUCUUUGAUCUAUGUUGAUGCAAUUUUUAGGCUGAAUCAGACUACCGCUACUCUUCUUCCGUGGGUUCUAGAAGAUAUUACCCGCAUGUUGGCAAGGAUGGCCGAUAUGGCAAUCUGGGUCUUGGGAUGCGUCGCGUCCAAUCGCGUCUAUUUGAGCGUUAGCCCAUUGCCUAGCUCUUGGGCUUUCGGUGGCUUUAAAACGCCCUUAAAAAGUAGUGUUGUAUUAAUGAUGUUACACCAUGAUAAUUAGAGCCUCGUUGUGAGAAAACGGGGCUCAAUGCAUUUGCCUAAAUUGUCGUCCCAGAUGAGCCUGUGUGGUCAAAGGCUAAUCUGGGACGACUUUUUGGAAAGAUUGGAUUUCCGUUUCGGGGCUUACUUGAAACAAAAGCUUCCAUGAAAGCGGAAUGUGUCGUUCCUGAUUAGGUUGUGCGGACCGCAUAGGCUGAUCUGCGACGCCACGUUUCGCACAUGCAUAAUCCCCCGUUUUCCCAGAGCGAUUAUCGAUGUAAAUAAAUGGCUUUUACUUUUGCAGUGUUUUGACGUUAAGCGUAAAAACGAUUUAAAGAUAAUGUGCAUAUUUAUAAACCGGUGAUUUAUUGUUUGCAUGAAAUAGACGUUUUAAACGUUUUGGUUGGCAUUAUUGUACGUCAAGAUUUUACUGAAAACGUCAUAGCUGACGUUACGCCACACGUGUGAAACAUUGCUGUUGAUGUUCCCGGUGAUAUGAUUUGGACUGUGAUUAUGGCGUCUUUUGACGUCAAGAUUUGUUAAUGGCUCACUCAGUGUAAUAAUUGUCAAGUGGUCAUGAGACCUUUAUUUACUUUCACAUUUGAAAUGAAAUUCACAAAUAAUUUUGUGUUAAUAUAUUUUACUUGUCUGAACGUCUUGAAUAUUUUUUUCACAGUAUAUUUCAUUAAAAUAAUAAAGACAAAAAGGUGUGGGAAACUUUACUUAAAUAUGUUUUUUUUGUAAAAAAUAUACUAUCAAUUCUCAUAAUUACUCAGAUUCUCAGUUCCCUUUAUAAUAGAUUAUGUUCAAAAAUGAUAUUAUUAAGUCAAUUUUAGAAUGCUUGCGUUGUGCUGCUAUUUUUUAGCUGUUGAUGAUAAGUGUUCUUAGUAUAUUAGAAGGUUAUUAUACCCCCAUUACCAAUGGUAAUGGGGGCUAUAUAGGAGUCACUUUGUCGGUCUGUCUGUCGGUCGGUCUGUCGGUCUGUCCCGAAAGCUUGUCCGGGACAUAACUAAAUUGUUCAUUGUGAGAUUUUAAAAUCAUUUGGCACAUUUGUUCACCAUCAUUUGACGGUGUGUCGCGAAAAAGAAUUACGUCGAAAUCUCAAAGGUCAAUGUCAUACUUUGAGAUCAAAGGUCAAAAAUGGCCAUAAAUGAGCUUGUCCGGGCCAUAACUUUGUCAUAAUAUUGUUAGAUUUUAAAAUCAUUUGGCACAUUUGUUUACCAUAAUUGGACGGUGUGUCAAGCGAAAAAAUUACGUCGAUAUCUCCAAGGUCAAGGUCACAAUUUGUGUUCAAAGGUCAAAAAUGGCCAAACAUGAGCUUGUCCGGGCAAUAUCUAUUUCGUUUAUUGUGAGAUUUUAAAAUCAUUUGUUCACCAUCAUAGGACGGUGUGUCGCACGAAAUAAUUAUGUCGAUAUCUCCAAGGUCAAGGUAACACUUUAAUUUCAAAGGUCAAAAAUCGCCAUAAAUGAUAAUGGAAUAACAAUUCUAAAAAAUCGCCAUAAAUAAGCUUCUCUUGUUUUUUAAAGACAGCAUACAAAAUAGUCUGUGUCAAUGCGGCACGUGGAGGUAUACGUCACGUCUGUGACAAAUCUCUAGUUUGAUAUUAUUAUUAUAAUAAUGAAUUGAUUGACCCGGUAAUACAUUUAUAAGAGUGUUAGGGUUAAGUUAACAUAUUGGCAUGAUUAACAUGCUUAUGUUAGCUUACUGCAUUAGCAUAUUAGGAUUCUUACUUUAAAUUGAGAUGUUAGCAUGUUAGCGUGCUAACGUUGGUUAGAAUAACAGCGUAUAAGCAUAAUGGCGUUAGCGGUAGCUUUGUUAUGGUGAGCACGCUAACGUUAGCUUUCUGUAUUAGCGUGUUUGCGUGAUAACGUUAGAUUGAGGUAUUAGCCUGUUAAAGUGCAAAUAUUUGCAUAUAGUAAAUAUUGUGAAGUCGCAGUGAAAACAUACGUUACAUUGUAUACAACACUUGUGUUUAUACAAUCCCACCCAAAGAACGGCACAAUUAUAUUCUUUCUUGCCAAAUCAAAUUGUACUAUCACUGUAUCCUUUUCUUAAAUAUAGUAAUGGUAUUAUUGCAUCAUGGCCUAAAUUGUUGUUACUUAAUCAUAAUGGAUGUUAUUUCGACUGAAUUAUAUAAAUUAAAUUAUUAACUUAUGUUUCAGAGUGCCUUUAGACAUAUAGCGCUUGGGAUAUUACUGAUUUCCUCAUUAUGCUCGAAGCUGCAAUAAUAAUGUUUUAUUUUAAUAUCAUUCUGCGUAAUGAUUACAGUGUUGUUUCAUGAAAUCUUUAGCAUCAUUAUGUUCUUAACUGUUCUUGCUUCAAUAAAUGUUGUAUUGUUAGUACGUCAUCAUACUCAAAAGUUAUGACGUCAUCAUACUCCAAAGUUAUGACGUCAUCAUACUCCAAAGUUAUAACUGUUAUUGCUUCAAUAAAUGUUGUAUUGUUAUUACGUCAUCAUACUCAAAAGUUAUUACGUCCUCAUACUCAAAAGUUAUUACCUCAUGCUUAGGUUAGUGAUCAAGGGCGGAUGUUUAAAACUGCUGCUCUUAACUCUGAUUACUGCUUUAAAGGGGCCUUUUCACGUUUAAGUAAAUUGACAAAAUUAAAAGAAAAAUUGUUACAGAUUCGCAAAUUUUCGUUUUAGUAAUGCUAUUUGUGAGGAAACAGCAAUACUAAACAUUUACUAUGCUCUAAAAUAGCUUUUAUAUGCAUCUUUUGAUGAUUUAAAAACCUGAAAAUUAUCAAGCGUUGCAACGCGAAUCGAUUGAAUUAUUUGGAAAGUUCUAUUGUUGUCGUUAUAUUUUAUGAAGCUACGACAAUAUCUUAUAUAAAGAAUAAAAAAAACGACCAUCAUAGUAUGAGCACAGAUGGCCGAGUGGUCUAAGCGAUAGACUUUUGACUCCAGGACACCAGGGGUCAGUGGUUCGAGCCCUGUUGAGGUUUACUUUUUUUUAUUAUUUUAUUCUUCAUUUUUAACUGGAGCUUUUAAAUCCAAUGGUUACAUUUAUCAAAAUAAAGCAUUUAACGAAAAACUUUAAUACAUGCCAAAAUCUGUGAAAAGGCCCCUUUAACAACGAUAUCACAAAUUUAAUGUUGUUCAAGGGUUACGUCAAGGUGAUCAGAGAAGGCGUUUGGACGUUAUCUUAUUUGAAAGCUUUGAACAUAGAUUUUUUAAUUGUUAUUAUUUUACUUCUCUAUAUGAGACUAAGCAAUUUAAAUCAAUUUUCAUUAUGUAUAAUAUGUCGAAUUCAUUUUGCAGUAAAUGAAUGCACAGCAUACUUUAUAAUUGCUACGAAGCACUUUGUGUAGAACGGUGUGAAGUGUAAAAAUAUAGUCAAUUGUGCUUCGAUUCUAUAAAACCAGAUUUAAAAACCUAUAUCAAACGUUUAAAAACGUUUAAGGGAGUUGUCUAAAGGAUUUAAUUAGUAUACCGCACAACAUGAAUUAAAUUUACCUGCAGUUUAACUCAAACUUUAUGCCUUUUUUACAUAUACAUAACACACACACACACAUCUCCUUUUUUAUUUUUAAAUAUCUCUAUAUAUUGCUCGUUUUCCUUUCAAAACAAGUCUGUUUUUAAGAUAUUAUAUUUUAUUGUGUGUGUGUACAACGCUGGGUGCUAAAAAAUAUUUCUUUAUGGGUUUUUACACUUGUUUAUAAUACUAGUAUAUGAUUGCAGAGGGACUAUCAUGAAGUCCCGAAGCAAGUUGUUGUUUCACCGCCAAUAGCUCACAAAAUAUACCAUCAGUUCGGGUCAUUUGAUUGGUUUGUGUCAUACAUUCCAAUGCUCAUAAUGUAUUAUAUUGAUGUUUAUAGUGCCAUUAUUAUUAUU